UUUGGAGCUCGGCCCCAAAAGACUAAGAUGACUUCUACAUACACGUAACGAUUGAAACAUUCAGAUGUAAAUUUCUUGUUUAAAUGGAUAAAACUGUAAGGCAAACAGCACAACUGUAUAUCGGUUUCCAGAAAGCGAAAUACUCGCAAACAACAGAAACAAAUACACGAACAUGACUUUAUACGUGGAAAGUGCGUCACUUCCGUCUUUCAUAUCAAUUUCCGGGUUUGCAUGUGAGAGGCUGCGCUGCCGCUGCACAGUUCACCGCAACAGAGCAGAAGAGGUUGUUUGGUUCUGCUGUCUCCUUUUUCUUAUCGCAACUGGGAUGUGGAUUGCUUCCUUACCAGCUGUCUUCUAAGUUCAUUCCUGCGGCUCCUGAACAUGCUGAGCCGACUGCAGGAGCUGAAGAAGGAAGAGGAGACUUUACUCAAAGUCAAAGCUCUUCUUCAAGACCAGCUGAAUAGGCUGAAGGUGGAAGAACUGGCUCUGCGGUCAAUUAUCAAUGAAGAGAGUGGAUCUUUCUCCCCUACAGAGGCUGCUGCUGAGGUUAGCAUGCAAGUGGACAAUGAAAAUGCAAUCAAUCAGACUGAACUUCAGCUGGACACAGUUGGAGCACAGCAAGAUAUGGAAGAGGAGGAGGAAGAUGAGGAUAACUGACUUUCAGAAUACACUUCAAUUUUAAGGUGGACAUAAAACUGCACUGAUUCCACUUACUUACAGAACUAACCUUGGGAUAUGUCAGUGCUUCUGGACACAGGCCCACCUCUCAUGGUCAAAUAUUACAUUUAAUGUUAAUGCGGCCCAUCUCGAGCCACUGUAAAUCAGAUUUGAAUGACAUGAGUGACUGGUGCAAUCGGAAAGGCUGCUUGAUUUUGAAGUUAAUAUCAAAUAUUGCUUCAUAACCGCUUGGGCUACCCAUCCACUAAUGAAGUAAGAGUGCAGGAAAUGUAAUUGAAAUCCUAUUACUUUUGACAGUCUCAGCAUCAGGAGGUAUUUCUGGGUAAGGCCUUAUACAGUAUAAGUUACUGGUGCCAGAUGGAGCUGGCAUAUUUAAGUAUAAUUAAAUAGAUCUCCAAAGGGUAAGUUUCAUUUUAUCUUUAUUUGCAGGCUUUUGGUCAACUGAAACGAACCCGUCGAAGGGAGCCUACGGUGUUUCCUUGUGCGGCCCAGUCUGUGUAAUUGCUAUAAUCUCUUCUUUCCAGGAUGUAGUGUGGCCCUCUGUAGUUGGGUUCCUGGUAGAGGACCCACCUGUUUAAAAAAAAAAAAAAAAAAAAAAGGGUCAUCAGGCCGCCACCUCUGAAUGUCCAGUAAACAUACAUGGGAAAGGUGAGGGUAGCAAGCAGGGCAUCAAUAAGUUGGUCACCUGAGAUUGCAGUAGAGUCAUUACUAUAGCAGACGCUAAUGAGCUGGCACUUUGACAUGUAUUAGAAAUAAGGCAGGCAGUGUUUUGUGUCUGGGGGAGUCAGAAGUUUGAAAGCAACCUGUGACCCCAUGCAUUAUAGCUUUAACUCCAUUUAGUUUUGGUAGCGUGUGCUGAGGUUUCCCCAUGAAGCCGGUAAACUCACACUGCUCCUAGAAUCCGGGCAGAUGCUAUGCGGUUAAUGCCAAAUCUAGUCAUUAAGUUGGGGAUGUCAUCUUGAAUUUCAGCCUUCUUCCCAGAAAAGCCUGGUCUCUCAAAGAGUUGGAUUCGGGGGGCAGUUUCAUCCUGCAAAGAGGCGGCACAGUUAACAUAGUGAUAGGUCUGGCAGUAUAUAUAAAAUACUCCCUGUGGCCUCACCUGUCUGAUGUUUCGCACAGAAGAUACAGUGUCCACUGGGGAGCACCACUUGUCACAGCUUUGGUAUUCCCCUUGGUCAUACAUGUCCCACAGGUACUGCCGACCCCGGAAGCUCUCAUGCUCAUAGCCAACCCAUCUGUAGGGAGAGUGGGGAAAAAAUCUGAAGUGAGAUGUAAAAUAGCUCAGCCACACCCCGAGUCAUUUUUGAGUUGCCGUGGACCUAGGUAUGAAAUGCAAGCCAAGCUACUCACGCGCCACUCUCCACCUUCACAGAGUUGCAUCUCUCAGGAAAGUCCCUGUCAGCUAGCCGCUGACAAUCUGUGGUCAGAUCUAGCCGGUGUCCAGUGAAGUUACGCUGUUCAUACAGGGUCACCUGCAGCAGAGUGAUAUGACCACUGCUUAUGAUCUCAUUUUUAGAAGUCAGGGGGAGAAUAAAACUAGCCACUUGAAGCCACAGUGGUGCUCCCUAAAGGAUGGUAAGCACUCUCAUUCCAGCCCAUCCUCCUAAUCAAAGCUCAGUAAGUCAGUCUGUAUUUUAUAUAAUGGCAUUCUUAGGGUGUGCCAUCACAAGCAAACUAGCUGAGAAAUUCAAGUUGGUACUCUAGUGGUGCAUUUCAUGAUCACCCAUUUUCAUGAAUAAGAAUUGUGAAUAGCAAGAAUUGGAAAGACACACUUACCCGUCCACUGGCCCCAUAGAAAGCUCGUUGGAGUACUGACCCCAGUUUGCUGCAAAAGACAGAAAGCCAGUGAAAUACUUGAGCCUUUAAAAAAAAAAAAAUGCAGAAAGUGGCUGAUCACAUUUCUAGUCACUCACCCACACAAGUCAGUCCUACAGCACACUUAGUUAUCUAGGUGGACAGCCGAGUGUCCUGCUAUUCAGGCCUGAGAGCUGUAAAUGACUGGCUUUUUCCCCGUUUGGCUCUCCUAUGUUGGUCCACUUGCGCAUCCAGGCUGAUUGGUCAUUUCAGACCCGAGGGAGCAGGUCAUGUUAGCUUAAAUAGAUCAGGUGUGCAAGCCAUCACAUAAACUCAGUAUUGAUAUUCAAAAUGCCCAACCUGGGGAAACGGCUGGAGCAUUAUGCCAAUACAGGUAUGAGACAAAAGCAGGGGCCAGUAGAGGCACGAGCCCUGUCAAAAUACAAUAGAUCUGUCCUGCUUUGUGAAUUAGUGCUUAGAGAGCAUAGAAUUAAGAGGGAGCGGCCUUGUGGGAGGUGGCAUGGACUGAAAAGCUAAAAUCAUUUUAUUGAAAUCACUUGUACUUGGGGAUUCUGUGUGAGCAGAAAUUGGCCACAAGAUUUGGGGAAUGACAUCUCCAAGAUGCCAAACCAUCAGCAGAUGUGGCAGCAUGGGCACUUUGACAUUUAUCAGAUUAAGAUUUGUUUUUGAAAAACUGGGUCAUCUGGUCUACAGACAAUACUGGAAUGCAGAUUCUGGCACCAGCUGUUCUUUUUAACAGUACAUUCAGGUAAAAUGCCCAAGUGACCGGAUAAAGUUGGAAUAAAUACGUAUUUAAUUUGUUUGUCAGAAUAGCAUCUGGCAAUCUAUACAGUGGAUUCAGAAAGUAUUCAGACCCCUUCACUUUCUACACACUUUGGUAAUAUGCAUUCUUCUGCUAAAAUCAUGUAAAUUGUUUUCCUACAUCAAGCAACACUCAAACACCCAGAAUUAAAAACGAAAACGGUCUUUAGAAAAUUUCUACAAAUGCGUUUAAAAUUAAAAACAAAAAACUGAACUAUCACACAGAUGCAUGUUUUCUGAUCUAUUGCUGUGACUCUUGAAAUUUGGUUCAGGCUUAUCUCAUUCCACUGAUCAUCAUUGAGGUGUUCCUACAUCUUGUUUGGAUUCCACUUGUGGUCAACUCCAUUAAUUGCACAUGAUUAGAAAGGACACACACCUGUCUAUAGAAGAUCUACAGUUGAGCAAAAACCAAGUCACGACAUGAAAGGAAUUGCCUGCAGCAAUGUAUGCAGCAUUGCAGGUUCCCAAGAGCACAACGGCAUCCAUUAUUCUUUAAUGGCAGAACUCUAGAGCAACCAUGACUUGGCUCUUACUAGAGCUGGCCAAACUGAGUAAUUAUGAGAGAAGGGCCUUGGUAAGAGUGAUGACCAUGAACUCAAUGGUUAUUCUGUCUGCCCCCCAAAGAACCAGUGUAGAGAUGGGAGAAAGUUCCAUUCCAGAAGAACCACUGCAACAUUCCAUUGAUUCUGGGCUUAGUGACAUAGUGCCCAGACAAAAGCUUCUUUGGUAAAAGACACAUGAGAGCCUACUAGUUGUUUGGAAAAAGGUACCUAAAUGGACUCUUAACUGUUAGAAGCAAGAUUCUCUGGUCUUAUGAAACCAUACUGCAUGUCAUGUCUGAAAGAAACCAGGCACUGCUCAUUACCUGUGUAAUACCAUUUCAGCAGUAAAGCAUGGUGGUGGCAGUAUCGUGUUAUGGGGUUGUAUGUCCGCAGCAGGGAGUGGGUGACUGCACAGAGUUGAGGGAAAGCUGAAUAGACCAAAGUGCAGAGAUAUCCUUAAAGAAAACCUGUUCCAGGCCUCAGACUUCACCUUUCAGUCAAACACUGACCCUAAGAACAAAGCAAAGACAACACAGGAGUGGCAUUCAGACAACUCCAGGAAUAUCCUUGAGUCACCCAGCCCAAAGUUGGACUUGAACCCACUUGAACAUCUCUAGAGAGAUCUGAAACUGGCCGUCCACUGAUGGUAUCCAUCCAGCUUGACAGAGCUAAAGAGGGUCUGCAGAGAAGAAUAUCAGAAAGUCCACAAUUCCAGGUGUAUUAAGUUUGUCAUGUCCUACCCAAGAGGACUCCAAUUUUUUACCACUACCAAAGGUGCUUCAACUGAGUACUAUGGAAAAGAUCUGAAUACUUUUGUCAAUGUGACGCUGUUUAUUUUUAAUGAUGUGGAUAACCCUCCUGACUCAUCUUGGGUAAGCAGUUCCAUCCCGGGACAAAAGGGGGCACUGUUGCUAACAGUACUGUGUCUUUCUGCUUCCACAGCCAGGAGAAAAUGCCCAUUUAAGAUAACUGACUCCGCACCUUCCCACUUGUCUAAUUUUUGACCAUCGCUCAAGACAGAUGGAGCUCCAAACCAAACCUGCAUAACUAUAAGCUGUCAGCAGUUGACCAUUUAUAUUUUGUAGCACAGUUAAAGAUGCUAAGAUUUGCACUGGGUGUGACGAGGAUGGAUAGGAUUAGAAAUGAGUACAUUAGAGGGUCAGCUCAGGUUGGACGGUUGGGAGACAAAGUUAGAGAGGCGAGAUUGCGUUGGUUUAGACAUGUGCAGAGGAGAGAUGCUGAGUGUAUUGGGAGAAAUUAAGGAUAGAGCUGCCAGGCCAGAGGAAAAGAGAAAGGCCUAAGCGGUUUAUGAGAGAGGACAAGCAGGUGAUGAGUGUAACAGAACAAGAUGCAAAGGACAGAAAGAUAUGGAAGAAGAUGAUCCGCUGUGGCAACCUCUAACGGGAUUAGCCGAAAGAAGAAGAAGAAGUAUCACAAUUGUGUACCAUCGUUUAAAAGCUUUUGCUAUUAUUAAACAGGGUGACCCAGCUGCUGCACCAACAUUUCUCGAGACCAACUGUCGUACCUCUCACAACAACACUGAAUUUGCAAAAAUAUUUAAAAUUGUGAUUUUUGCUUUGUUUUCUGUGGGCUUGAGUGUUGCUUGGUGAGGAGAAAAUGAAUGUAAAUGCUUUUAUCACAAGGAAGCAACAAAAUGUGUAAAAAGUCAAAGAGUCUUAAUACGUGUUGAGUCAGUCCACCGUAAGCAGAACAAUAACAAAAUUGAUACUCAUUUGUCACAAGUAAUAGAGUGAAAUGUAAUUUUUUGUAUUGUAGUGUGAGAAAACAGUGGGUAGCAUUGCCAGCUGCCAAUCUGUGGAACUUGGGUUACAAGGACGCCUUUGGAAGCAGCUCCUGAGUGCUUUGAGCCAAAGUGAAAUCCGAGGGUGUCUUUGUAAACCAGACGUUGUAUGUUUGACUGGCAAUUCCAUAAGUGAAUGUUUGGACUGGACCUUCCAUUUCCUUAUUAAAGGAAGCAACUGUUUAAAAGUGAAG